UUACACAAAACCAUAUCACUACCAAUAAUUAUUUCUUAAAUCUAAAGUUUUCUGUGACAUAUCUUCACCUUCCAAAAAGCUUAAAUAACCCCAGAAAUGGCUUUCAUUCACCAAAAUGAAAGCUGAUGAUUAAGCCAUAAAAUCAUCUGCUGUGGAAUUUUGCAGCCCAACUGAGUUUGUUAGAUUGACCAACUUGACUCACCAUCUGGCCAAAACUCUGAAGCGUUGACUAUCUUGGCUCUGCUUUGUGGCUCAUUUUUUUGGUGGUAAAGCACGUGGGUCAACAGCUGGGCCCAAAAGAUUUCCGCAUAGAGAUACAACAUUUUACACCGAGAGGUAUAAGUACAAUAUAUAAAUGCUAAACUGUGUGCAGUUAACCAAGAAGUUAGAACAAGAUGACAGCCUUUAAUCAGGAUCAGCAUUUCGCUUUGCUUUUCAUCUUUUCCCUGAUGGGAGGAACCUGCCUUUUUGAUAUUACCCAAGCUCAGACCUUGACGGCAGAGGAUCGUCUCUCUGUGCUUAAGUUUGUGGGUGCUUUUAUGAAUUUUUUGGAUUUGGAAUUGGAGAACUCUACGAUGGCAACCCCUGGAAGUACAAGUACCACUUCUUCAGUUGAAACCACCUCCAUACCAUCAAGUUCUGACUCUACUGAAGUGACCACAGAGGCUACGGAGAGUAGUAACUCCACCACAACAAUUGUGGAGAGCAGCAGCAGCAGUUCGUCCUCGGAAUCCUCCACAGAUCCUGGCACAACCACAGAAGCAACCACAACUACAGUGAGGCGUCGCAUGUGCUUCAAGCGUUUUUGUUACAAAUUUAGCAGCGAUAAAGGUUAUAUAGUUUAAAGAGAAUAAAUUCUAGGAAAUAUAUUCAGCAA